UAGCCAUAGCCCAGGACAACAUAUACUACUGCCACCCGUCGCAGCUGGUAGCUAGCGUGAUUACUGGCUGCCUACCUCCGCUCAACGGCGAGCUAGCACACUUGAAUACUUGAUUCACUUCUCUCUCUAGCUCUACCGAUGGCCGGCUGUGUCGAUCGCCAGACGCGAACUAACAGUUACUAGCACUAGCAGCAGGCCGCGGCCAGGAGCUAGCUAGCCACUGCAUACGCAUCGUACCGGCCGGCCGCCAUGCAGGUGACCGCCGUGAUCCCGUGGGGGGUGAACUUCUGGAAUGGAUGGUCGACGCAGUUCAUUGUGCUCUUCAGCCUCGCGCUGCAGGUAGUCCUGCUCUUCCUCGCCGGAGUCCGGCGGCACAAAGACGGCGGGACAAGGAUCGGCAUCCUCUGGCUGGCCUACCAGCUGGCCGACUACACCGCGACGUACGCUCUGGGUAACCUCGCCGCCGGCAGCGCUCUGCACGGGCACCAGCUGGUGGCGUUGUGGGCGCCUUUCCUGCUGCUGCACCUCGGCGGCCCGGACAACAUCGCCGCCUACGAGCUCGAGGACAACAAGCUCUGGAAACGCACUAGCCUGACCCUCGUCGGGCAGGCCCUGGGAGCCGGGUAUGUCCUCUACAAGAACAUCGUCUCCAGCCGCGGGACCUUAUGGUUGGCGGCCGCCUUCAUGGCCGUCGUGGGUCUCGUCAAGUCCGUGGAGAAGAUACUGGCUCUCAGGCGCGCCAGCUUAAGCAUCAUCCGGGAUUCGGUGAAGACGGAGACAUCGACCAAGUGCGCUUCCUCCCUCGACGACGAGCCACCUCCAGGGGGGUUCAAGAAGGAUCGUGCCCGAGAAGAAGAGUUCUUCAAGAAGCGUGCUCACGCCCUGUUCCACGUCUGCAAGUCCGCCAUGGUCGAUUCUUCGGUCGACUACGACCCUGGCCGGCUGCUUGAAAGCUUUAGGGACCAUGGCAGCAGGUACAGGUGGAAGCUGAUCGAGAUGGAGCUGUCCCUCAUGUACGACAUCCUCUACACCAAGGCGGCCGUGGUCCACACCCUGCCCGGCUACUGCAUCCGUGUCGCCUCGACGCUCGCGGUAGCCACCUCGCUCCUGCUGUUCCGGUUCAGCAGCAAAGCCCGUUACAGCAGGGUCGACGUUGCCAUCACCUACACCCUGCUGGGUGGCGCCUUGCUCCUGGAGACGACCUCGCUGCUGAGCGCCCUCUUCUCCACCUGGACAUUCGCCUUCCUGUGCACCACGCAGUGGAGCCGCCUUCGGCACGCGAUGCUGUGCUCUGGAAGGUUUGAGAAGCUCCGCCGAGUGGUCGUUUCUCUCCACCGGCUAGCCUACGACACGGGGAUCGCUGUCUGCCUGAGAUUGUCGAGGAGCUGGCACGGCACCAUGGGGCAGUACAGCAUGCUGGACAAGUGCACACGUUGGCGCACAGCCGGCGUACGGCCUUGGACGAUGCUAGGCCUAGGCCCCAGUAGCGCGUGGAGUGUUAAGGUUCCGGAGGAAGUCAAGGCCCAAGUGUUGGUCCACAUUCGUAGCAUUGUCAAGGAGAAUGACAUUAACACGCUGGGGGUGAUCAGGCAGAAUUGGGGCGUCAAGGCACUCAAGGACCACAGUCCUAUCGCCAAAGUGGCACGCCUCGGUGCUGAGAUCCAGGAGGCCAUCGUCGUCUGGCACAUCGCCACUGAUAUUCUCCUCGCAAAACUUGGGAUGCUCGUCAGGACCGAGCAGCUGGACGCGCCCGAGCGUGAUGUGGUGGAGGCAAUCAAGGCAAUCUCCCAGUACAUGAUGUUCCUGCUCGUCAGGCGCCCUGCUAUGCUCCCCGGCCUUGCCCAAAUCAAGCUGUAUCAACGGACGGAGGAAACUUUGGUUGCCCAACUCGACAAGAUACCCCCUCCUACUCGCAAGCCACCUGCAGGCUGGAUUCACAGUGCCUGUACAAUGGUCAUGGAAAAACUGUGUGGGGUUGGCCCCAACUCUGAUCCUCGGCUCCAACGUAGAGUGAGACUUGCCGAGUGGCUGUUCGAUCACAAGCCCGAGUUGGACGACCAUGGGAAAAGUUCUCGUGUGAGAUUCGGGAUCGAACUCGCCCAAACACUUUACAAUUACAAGGAGAAAGAAAAGGACCAGCUGGAAAUAGUCUUAGCUGUGUGGGUAGAUAUUCUAGUCUACACGGCCAACCGGUGCAGCAGGGAGUCGCAUGCCAAGCAGCUCAGCGGAGGCGGCGAGUUAACAACACUCAUAUGGCUCAUGACAGAGCACCGUCACCGUCAUGAAGAAGCAUCCGGCUAGAGCAGAGGUGGAUCCAGCAGAAAAAUGUACGAGGGCUAUCUAUAAUCUAGCUGCUGCUGCUGCUUCUUCCUCCUCUUCUUGAGCUGCUGCUGCUCCUCAUUUCCUGCUCCUCCUCCUCCCAUCACAUUUUCAUUUUCCUCUCUUAUAUACUAAUAUACAGGCGGCGAGAGGGGCGGCCGCUCCGGGGCCCCGAACCAAGGUCCUUUCUCGCAGGUACGUACACAAUAUGUAUGGAGUUACGCACGAAGGUCAUAAAUUUUCUUGAGCUUGAAUGAUACUAGCAUGUAGCUAGAUUGGUGGAUUAUAUUUCGUUAAUUACUUGUGGAUAGCUGACUACUAGUUCUGUAUUGUAGUAUUGUAGUACUGCUACUAUACUAUCUAGUGAUUGUGCAAGUUUUAAUAAUGAACACCGAUAUAUUAUUGUAA